CCGCCUUUCCACUCCGCUAUUGGGCCGCUCUUCGCUACGCGGGGUUGCGGGGACGUCAUGAGGAUGGCGACUGUGCAGUACGUUACACCCGCAGGUCACAGGGGCGUUAUCAGGAUGCGCACUUUCGGCCGGUAGACUGAUAAAGAGUCAUCUUGACUAGAUGGGCUGGGUUCAAAAGGUGGAGCUUCCCCGCUACGAGGGGGGACAACUAGCAGCCUGCUAUCAUCCUUUCUCCAGGGACGACAGGGGAUCAUCGCCACAUUGUUGGGGUUGAGCCUGAUUACCUCGAGUACGAACAGUCAAAUCCCGUCAGACCUGCGACGACGCACAUCAUUGUAAAAUCAGAGCACUCGUCAUUGCAGCCAUCGUCUGCAAGGCUACCAACCAUGGCAGAUGAAAAAUACCACGAUGAGCAGCGCGAGUAUGUCCGACCUGCAGAGAACAUGUCAGCAGGACGUUAUCUCGCGACACGCCUGCCUACCCUCAAGCCCGCCCACGACAAAGUACCAAAUCCAAUUACCCUGCUCCGGAUGUUGAAUCUGCAGCAAUGGCUCUUCUUCCUGGUCGCCUUCUUCGCAUGGACGUGGGACGCGUUUGACUUCUUCACUGUCUCUCUGACCGUCGAGGAUCUAGCUGAAAGCUUCGGAAAGAAGAAGGCGGACAUUACGUGGGGUAUCACGCUGGUGUUGAUGCUGAGAAGCGUGGGCAGUAUCAUCUUUGGGCUGGCAGCCGAUCGAUAUGGCAGGAAGUGGCCGUUCAUUGUCAAUAAUAUUCUCUUCAUAGUACUCGAACUAGGCACGGGGUUUUGCACUACAUACACGCAGUUCUUGGGUGUACGCGCGUUGUUUGGUAUCGCAAUGGGCGGUCUGUAUGGAAAUGCUGCUGCGACUGCUCUCGAAGACUGCCCUGAAGCAGCUCGCGGUAUAAUUUCCGGCAUGCUGCAACAAGGCUACGCAUUCGGCUACCUGCUCGCCACCGUCUUCGCCAGGGCAUUCGUCAACACCGUCGGGCACGAAUGGCGCCCGCUAUUCUGGUUCGGCGCAGGGCCGCCUGUACUCAUCAUUAUCUUCCGCCUCUGCUUACCCGAAACACAAGCGUACCAGGAGCGCAAGCGUCUCCGUGAAGAGGAACCAAAUGCCGCUCAGAUGUUUGUUCAGGAGGGCAAGGUGGCGCUGAAGAGACACUGGAUGCUGCUCAUCUACAUGGUCCUGUUAAUGGCCGGCAUGAACUUCAUGUCCCACGGCAGCCAGGACCUGUAUCCCACGAUGCUGUCGAAUCAAUACGGCUUCUCCCCUAAUCGCGUCACCGUCACGCAAGUCAUCGCCAAUCUCGGCGCCAUGACGGGCGGCACAGUCAUUGGCUAUACGUCUUCUAUCAUCGGUCGACGGAUUAGUAUCAUCUGCAUGUGCAUUCUCGGAGGCACACUGCUCUAUCCGUAUACGUUUGUAAGCAGCAAUGCCGUUAUUGCCGCAGCGUUCUUCCAGCAGUUCUGCGUCCAAGGCGCAUGGGGUGUUAUACCGAUUCACCUCAUGGAACUCUCCCCAGGCAGCUUCCGCACCUUUGUUGUAGGAACAUCCUACCAGCUUGGUAACCUUGUCUCCUCGGCUUCCUCGACUAUCGAAGCUACCAUUGGGGAGCGGUUUCCUCUACCGCCCAAGGGCAAGGUUACGCGGUUCAAGUAUGGCUUGGUCAUUUGCAUCUUCAUGGGCUGCGUGUAUGCGUAUGUUAUCUUGUUGACAUUCCUUGGACCGGAAUAUAGGGGGCGGAAUUUUGAUGUUGCGGCUGAUGAGGAUGUGGCUGUUGUUACGGGGGAGAGAAAGCAUGUUGCAAGGCAGGACAGCGAGGAUGUUGAGACGGCAAGGCGAGCGUGAUAAUUAGUUGUCUUGACGGGUUGUAUAGUGGUUACUGUCAAAUUUCUGUUCCAAAGUUCAACAGCUGUUAGGUGGUGACAGAAUUUGACGACUCGUUCUAUGUUGACUAACAUGCAAUUUCAAAACCACAGUGUCUCUGAUUCAACCUAGACGCUGCCCCAAUAUCGUUCACCUCCG